UAUGGAAAUGCAGGAUCUAGCCAGCCCACAUAGCCGACUAAGUGGUAGUAGUGAAUCCCCCAGUGGUCCAAAACUUGAUAACUCUCAUAUAAAUAAUAAUUCCAUGACACCCAAUGGCACAGAAGUUAAAACAGAACCAAUGAGCAGCAGUGAGAUUGCUACUACUACUACCACAGACGGGUCUUUAGACAAUUUCUCAGGAUCAGCAAUUGGAAGCAGUGGUUUCAGCCCAAGACAAACACAUCAGUUCUCCCCACCACAGAUUUACCCUUCCAACAGACCAUACCCACAUAUUCUUCCUACCCCUUCUUCACAAACGAUGGCUGCGUAUGGGCAGACACAGUUUACAACAGGGAUGCAACAAGCUACAGCUUAUGCCACCUACCCGCAGCCCGGCCAACCUUAUGGAAUCCCUUCAUAUGGUGCAUUGUGGGCAGGCAUCAAGACAGAAGGUGGAUUGGCACAGUCACAGUCACCUGGACAGACAGGAUUUCUAAGCUACGGUGCCAGCUUUAGCACACCUCAACCUGGACAGGCUCCCUAUAGCUACCAGAUGCAAGGCAGCAGUUUUACAACAUCAUCAGGAAUAUAUGCAGGAAAUAAUUCACUCACAAAUUCUACUGGAUUUAAUAGUUCACAGCAGGAAUAUCCCUCUUAUCCUAGUUUUGGCCAGGGCCAAUAUGCACAGUAUUAUAAUAGCUCACCGUAUCCUUCACAUUACAUGACAAACAGCAACACCAGCCCAACGACACCCUCCACAAAUGCAACAUACCAGCUUCAAGAACCACCAUCUGGCAUCACCAGUCAAGCGGUUACAGAUCCUGCAGCAGCAGAAUACAGUACAAUCCACAGUCCAUCAACACCCAUUAAAGAUUCAGAUUCAGAUAGAUUGCGUCGCAGUUCAGAUGGGAAAUCACGUGGACGUGGCAGAAGAAACAAUAAUCCUUCACCACCACCUGACUCUGACCUAGAGAGAGUAUUCAUUUGGGAUUUGGAUGAGACAAUCAUCAUUUUCCAUUCCUUGCUUACAGGGUCUUAUGCCAACAGAUAUGGAAGGGAUCCGCCCACCUCUGUGUCUCUUGGACUCCGAAUGGAAGAGAUGAUUUUCAAUUUGGCGGACACGCAUCUCUUCUUUAAUGAUUUAGAAGAAUGCGACCAGGUUCACAUUGACGACGUGUCUUCAGACGACAACGGUCAAGAUUUAAGCACCUAUAACUUCGGAACAGACGGCUUUCCUGCGGCUGCCACCAGUGCGAAUUUGUGCCUCGCGACGGGGGUGCGCGGAGGAGUGGACUGGAUGCGAAAAUUGGCUUUCCGCUACAGACGAGUAAAAGAAAUAUACAAUACCUACAAAAAUAAUGUCGGAGGUCUUCUUGGUCCAGCAAAAAGAGAGGCUUGGUUACAACUAAGAGCAGAAAUUGAAGCUUUGACGGAUUCUUGGUUAACACUUGCACUGAAAGCACUCACCCUCAUUCAUUCGAGGACAAACUGUGUGAACAUUCUCGUAACAACUACUCAGCUAAUUCCAGCUCUGGCAAAAGUCUUGUUGUAUGGACUAGGGGUUGUAUUUCCCAUAGAGAAUAUUUACAGUGCAACUAAAAUAGGAAAGGAAAGUUGUUUUGAGCGAAUAAUUCAAAGAUUUGGAAGAAAAGUAGUUUAUGUUGUUAUAGGGGAUGGUGUCGAAGAAGAACAAGGCGCAAAAAAGCAUGCUAUGCCAUUUUGGAGGAUCUCGAGCCACUCUGACCUUAUGGCCCUUCACCAUGCCUUGGAACUGGAGUACUUGUAGCAGCUCAGCAGCACUUUGAAACCCCAGAGCCUCCUUCUGCCCGUGGACGGGAUGCCUGUGUCUUGUGUCAGCAUUGGACUACAGAACUUUGUGAUUUCAACAUGUUGACGUACAGCUGCAAUUGGUCUUAACCCUUGCCCUUUCAGUAAACGGAGGAGCAUGUCUUUUUCUUCAGAACAGCUGUUGACUCUGGUACUGUGAGUCCAACGAAAAUAAGCCAUGCAAAUGUUUGAACAACUCAUCUUUACCGUAUUUGCUACCAAAAAGAAAUAGAGAAGGAAAAAAAAAAAGAAAUUAAAAGGUUCAUACCUGUGAAGAAAAAAAAAAGGACCUGCAAAUGCUUUGUAGUUUUUAGACUCUUCAAAGUGACACACACCGUUUCUUCAACACAGCAAACUUGAUUGCACAAUGAAGACUGAGAUUUUUCAAAAUACCAGUGGAGUAAUUUUCUUGUAAAGAAGGUUUACUUUUUGGUUUCUCAUGCCCAGGGUACUCUGUACAUCUUUACUUAUUUAUGAACAGACUAUAUUUUGACAUCAUAUAACUGAGGAUAUGUAUAAUAGGAUUAAAGGCUAUUAUAAGCCUUUGCCUUAUGGUACAGCAACUACUUUUGAUUUUAGCACAUUACAGAGUAGUUUAAAAUAUGUCUAAUUUAAACUAAUAGGUACAUCACUGAGACAAUCAUGUACAGGAAGAAUUUUUUGUGUAAAUUUGUAAUAAUGAAUGAUUCUUUUACAUAUUGUUAAGGUAAAUGCUAUUGAAAGAUAGUAAUGCCUUGUUGGUGAAGAAUGAGGCCACGUGUGCACAAACUGUUGUGCAGUGCCUUAUCAAUGCGUUGGAUAUAAAUAUGUAGAUAACGGAUUUUUUUAGAUAAAUUUGUCAAGACCAAAAGCAUGGAUGUCAAGUGUCAAUAAGAAUUGGGUUGUGUUCUUCUCAGCUGUUUCUCUACCUUUUUCUUCUCUUACCUACUCUGAGUAUGAAAAGAUUGAUUUCUUUCCCCGCAUGAAAGAAAUAUAGAUAAAACACAACUGAAGAGGAGUCCUUUGCUGUCUUCUGUUUCCUUUUUUAAAUUUAACAUAUUAACCCUUUUCUAAAGUAUUGAAAAAAUGAAUUAGCAGAUUCAUUCCAUAAAGAAAUAGAGAGGCAACACAAAUAUAUUUUAAGACAUAACUUAAACUGGAAUCUUGGUACCAAAAGGUUUCUGUGUCAUCCAAAAAUGAAGGAAAUUAUCAUCAUUGUUAUUUUUAGAAAUUAGUAAUGGGAAUAUUUUGGAGAAACUGAACAAGAAUAGUCAUAUACAUUUAAGGUUUUUAAUCCUCUUCCACCAGGAGUCAGAUUUUCCUAAGAUAUAACAUCCAUUGCCGGCAAUGGAAAUACUGAAAUAGUUACCGCCAAGGAGCUAAAAUUUGCUUUUGUCUAUACCCAUUUACAGGACAAACCUAGACUGUGUCUGUCUGUGACUUGUGACUUUUCUAAUCUUGAAGGCCAUGAGCUACUUGGUCAGAUAAACUGUUAGUCUGACUUUUCGGCUUGAAUUGUACCAAUUCCCUUUACCCAAUUUAAAUCUCUUCAUUAAAAAGAAGCCUCGGCUUUUUUGGUUCAUUC